AUGCCGUCUUCAGUCAGCAGCAGCCAUGGAGGGCAAGCUACCCUCAUAGACGGAAGGCCACCAAGCCCAGCCAUGUCGACGACCACCACUCUCUCACCACCCAGCCCAGUCAUUGGAGGGGGAGGGGGAGGAAAACAUGACCACCACCCAAGCAUCAUCUCACACGAUGCAAUGGCAGACGUCAAGUCCAAGAUUGAGAAGCUCGCCAACGAGCUGAAGCAGCAGCAGCAGCAAUGUCGUCAGCAGUCAAGCAACAACACUCGUCCAAUACUCCCCCAUUUGAACACCGAUAGCAUCAUCACCGCCACCACAGCCAAGAAAAUAAACUUGACCAGACCUGUCCUAUCGCCCUUCUCCCGAGCCAAAAGCCAUCAGCUCCAGCAACACGGCCAUCAACCAUCCACUCCCGGCCCCGUCAUCCCAGGCCUCGAACCCGCCUCCCGCUCUCUCUCCGAUCUUCACAACGAACGCUCCUACCUCUUGCAUAACUUGCAAACCCAAGGCGAGCGGGCCACGCGUUUGUAUCAGCGGUAUGCCCAUCUCGAGGCUAAAAAGGAGGCUUUGGCCUCUACCUCCUCUCCCUCAGACGAAAACAACGCCACUGCUUCUUCAGUUGGCAGCAAAAAGAAGAAGAUCAAAAAGGACCUCUCCCUCCUCCGCAGCCGGAUCGCCGAGUCCACGCAGCAGGAACAGCUGAUCAUGUUAAGGCUGGGCGAGAUCCAUGUGGAGUUGGUGAAUAGGGGAAGGUGGGUUAUGACGCACCAGUACCAGCAUCAGCACCAGCAUCAGAUGGUGUAUUCGCCGAUGUCCGCUGUGAUGGAAGGUCAUCAGGGGUAUUUCGGUCAUCAUCAGUGGCAUCAGCAGCAGAACCAUGGUGGUGGUGGUGGUAUCCCGGCGACACCAUCCUCCGCCGACACCUAUUCCGUCUCGCCUGUGGGAGGAGAUGAGUACCUUUACACCCCCUCGGUCCUUAGUCCGCUUUCUCCUUCAUUUGUGCCCGGUGGAGGUGUUAGUUUCUUUGAAGAUAUUUGGACUCGCCCAUCCCAAAACUCACAAGACCACUUUACCUGUCCGGGAGAAACCCUGGUUCCUGCCCCAGGCCCCGAGCAAGAACAUGAACACCACCACCCAACCGAGGGACAAGAAGAAGAGGAAGAAGAAGAAGAAGACGACCAAACACCCAAACCCAAAACUUCUUUCCAAGACCUCCCUCUAGACUCCCCAGCAGUCCCCCUCUCUGCAGUCACUCCCAAGUUCAGCACCACCACCAGCACCGUCAGUACCGUUAGUACACUACCCUCCGAACACCUCGCCACCCCCAUAACUCCCAGCAGAAUCCCAUGGGACGAAUACCCGUCUGACUCCGAAGACGACGGGUCGUUUGAAAGCUUUGAUGCGAGCAGUUUUACGCCUAUCGGCGUGACGACUAUUAAUCCACUGACUUGUAACAAUUCUUUGGUUAACGGCUCCGGCUCGGGCUCGGGUUCGGGGUCUGGCGUGAUGAUUUCCGAACCGGAGGAAAACCAAGACGAGGAACAAGAAAAAGAAGGUGAAGAAGACGAAGAAGACGAGGGAAGUGACGAAUCCGCUUCCGAACCAGGGGAUUUGCUUUCAGAGCAACAAAGAAGGACUGCUUCGUUCUCACGGGGUGGUGAUGACUGGACUAAGGGGAACAACAACAAUAACAACCACAGGAGGCUGAGUAUGCGUAGCUUGAAGAACCUGUGGCCUGCCGCGCUUGCGGCUGUUGGUGUUCAAAUGGGGUUGGAGGAAGAAGAGGAUGUGCCGGAGUUGAGGCUUGAUACUGUUAUCUAG